GGAAGGGACGAACUGGGCCAUAAAUUACAGCGCGAUUUGUAGGCGGAAGAGACCAAGGAAGCAGAGCAGACGGACGGAGGGACGAACCAAUCCAACCAAUCUCGAGAGCAGGCAGCAGCCCGUGGUGCGUGUUCAUCCUUGCUAUCCUCUGUCUCGCCCUGCGAUAAGCCAUGGGUCAGGCACUUGGUUUGAUACAGAUUGAUCAAUCAACAGUAGCCAUCAAGGAGACUUUUGGAAAGUUCGAUGCGAUUCUGGAGCCGGGAUGCCACUGCUUGCCAUGGUGUAUAGGGCAGCAGAUUGCUGGAUAUCUUUCGCUGCGUGUGCAACAGCUUGAUGUCAAAUGUGAAACAAAGACUAAGGAUAAUGUCUUUGUCAACGUUGUGGCAUCUGUGCAGUACCGUGCUCUUGCUGAUAAGGCAUCUGAUGCCUUUUACAAGCUUAGCAACACCAGAGAGCAAAUUCAGUCAUAUGUCUUCGAUGUGAUCAGGGCUAGUGUUCCUAAGAUGAUCUUGGAUGAUGUAUUUGAGCAGAAGAACGAAAUAGCGAAGGCUGUGGAAAAUGAGCUUGAAAAGGCAAUGUCUGCCUAUGGGUAUGAGAUUGUGCAAACUCUGAUUGUUGAUAUUGAGCCAGAUGUAAAUGUGAAGAGAGCCAUGAAUGAGAUCAAUGCCGCUGCUAGGAUGAGGUUGGCAGCCACUGAGAAAGCUGAAGCGGAGAAGAUACUCCAGAUCAAGAGAGCUGAAGGUGAUGCAGAAUCCAAGUAUUUAGCUGGUCUGGGAAUCGCAAGGCAGCGCCAGGCCAUAGUCGAUGGGCUGAGAGACAGUGUUCUUGCUUUCUCUGAGAAUGUGCCUGGGACCUCUUCCAAGGAUGUGAUGGACAUGGUUCUGGUAACCCAGUAUUUUGAUACCAUGAAAGACAUUGGUGCCUCCUCCAAGUCAUCAGCGGUGUUCAUCCCUCAUGGGCCAGGUGCUGUCAGAGACAUUGCUGCACAGAUCAGAGAUGGUCAGCUCCAGGGCAGCAUGAUUUAGGAGUGUUGGAAAAUGGAUAUUUUCAACUUUCAAAGCAGAAGACCACAGCAGUCUCCAUAGCUACAUAUUUUGUGAGAAACUUAGAUAAAUAUUUAUAUUUUGUGAGUACCGACUGCAUGCACUGUUAAGAGCAGUUUAUUAUGUGUGAGGUUGUGCCUAGGUGAAUGUUAAUAUAUUUGGAUUGUGCCACUCGUUUCUAUAAAAAUCUCGACUGUGUAAUCA